CCGAGCGGCUUCUGAAGCGAUCGCGGACCCUUCUCGGUGUAGCUUUACCCUUCUUCCCGGCAUUCCUGUUUCCGCUUUCUCGGUGCUCUCUGGGUUUUGCACCACUAAGGUGCGUCGCGCCCGGGGCUUCAGUGACGUCAUCGUUCUGCGCCGCGCCGACACCCGCCGGUGGAAUAGGGAACGGUUCUGUCCGCCUUCACCGCUCUUCUUGGCCUUCUGCUCCUUCCGAAUCAUGGCGCCAUCGCUAUGGAAGGGGCUAGUAGGCAUCGGCCUAUUUGCCCUAGCACACGCCGCCUUUUCCGCCGCACAGCAUCGUUCUUAUAUGCGAUUAACAGAAAAAGAAGAUGAGUCACUGCCAAUAGAUAUAGUUCUUCAGACACUUCUGGCCUUUGCAGUGACCUGUUACGGGAUAGUGCAUAUUGCAGGGGAGUUUAAAGACAUGGAUGCCACUUCAGAAUUGAAGAAUAAGACAUUUGACACCUUAAGGAAUCAUCCGUCCUUUUAUGUAUUUAAUCAUCGUGGUCGUGUCCUGUUCCAGCCUUCAGAUACAACAAAUUCUUCAAACCAAGAUGCAUUGUCCUCUAACACAUCAUUGAAGCUACGAAAACUUGACUCACUGCGCCGUUAAGAUUUUUACAAAUUGUAAUAUCAGGACAGGACACAGAGCUGAAUGUUGGAGUUUGGGGUAUGAAACACUCCCCCAAUCAGUAUUUAUAUUGCCCUUUCAGACCUAAUUUAAAAAAAAAUCUAUGGCCCCUGUUUGUACAUUGUUAAUGAGAUUGUUAAUAGAGUAUAUACAUUAUCUGUGAAAUGAGUCUUUGAUCUUUAGUGUAGGAACCUUUUUCAUUUGAAAUAAAUUUGCAUCUUUUGUAAAAGUCAGUGUUUUGGACACAUGAAAAAUGAUGAUGAUUUUUGCAAUUAUUUAUUUUCUUAGAUUUCUUUUGCACUACAGGUUUUAGGAGUCGUUUUUUGGACAUAUCAUGUGAAUAUUGCAUUUUGCAGCCCAAAUGACAGCAAAAUGACCUUAUCAAAUUCUGAAAUGAUGACUUCUCACUUUUUCUUAUGUCCCCUUAAAAAGUGAUUCUGCUUUCACAGGUAUUUGCCAUGCCUUCUCACACCUCCACUCCCAGCUUUCAUGGCAGCUGUCUUGUUUGGUCACUUCUCUGAGAUCCUGUGCUGGGAGCAGUUUCUGUGUCAGAAAUUCUGUCAUUGCAAAUCUAUUUAACAAACUCAGCUUGCUGUGAAGCAACUUCUGUUCUCUUCAGUUAGCUAUAAAGAAUUUUCCUGGUUAUAUAGUUUUAAGAAUAGUGGAAGAUAACUAAAAAGUCAUUUGCGAUUUUAUUAUGUUGCCUAUGUAGCCUAAGAAUAGUAAACAGUGCAGAAAAGUGAUUAAGCCAGUUGUAACUUAUUCCGAGUCUGUGUUAGUCUAUUUAAUGCAAGGCUAGUAAAUUAGUAAAACUAAAGGGAACUUCUCAUUAAUCUAAAGGCAGAUGUAAAGGAAUUGGGCCAAAUAUGUUCUAAACAUUUGAAACUAAUAUAUUCAGUUUGUUUAAAGAAUUAAGGUCAUUUAAAGAAUAUUGUGUAGCUCCUGAUUUAUAACAGGCUUAUCAUUUUCUACCUUCACUGUAUGGUGAUGCGGGUGAAGAUGAGGAUACAGAGUUGAAUUUAUUCAGAAACUUUAAUUUUACUCUUAGAGAAGCUUGGCUAGCUCUUUGAGCAAAAAUUAAAUUAAAUUUUUAAAAACCUGCAGGAAGCUAAACUUUUCUUUAGGAAGCAUUGCUCUUGUUGAAUUGUGCAAGUAUAAAAACAUUACUUUAGUUGAAUUGUAUAGGCAUAAAGGGAAAUAUGCUUUGGGCAAGAGCCAUACAAUGCCCUUAUACUUGAUGACAUGUGUUUAUUAGCAGUGAGUCUUAGCUCUUCUGUCCUGCCUGGCAAUGCACAGCCUCAAAGGACAAGAUUAUUUUAUUGUUGGAUUUUUCUUGUUUUCGAUUACCAGUGUAAUCUGUGAGAUGCUGACUCUGUUCUCUAAUGAGAGCAAAGUUAGAACCUGUUGGUAACUUACAAUAAUUUAGAAAUGUGAUGAGAAUGUGAAGUCAGGGAUUAAAGUGAUAAUAAUGAAGUCAAAAUACUGUGCGAAAAAGCCUGCCUUUUAUAUCAGACCCGUCUGUUGUUUGCUCAGGUACGACUAAUUUGGAAGAGCCUCUCAUUCUCUUCUCUUUUGGGGCUGUCUUCCUUUCCUAAUGUGUUUUUGUAGCACUGUUACUGAGAUAUAUAAUUCAUGUGGCUUGUAAUUCACUUAUUCAUGGGUACAGUUAAGUGAUUUUUUAAAAAUACAUCCGUAAAGUUGUGCAGCCAUGACCACAGUCAAAUGUAGGGUAUUCUGUUACCACAAAAGGAGUUCCAAACACUGUAGCAGUCACCUCUUACUUUCUUCCAGUACUCACCCCUAGCCCUAGGCAACCACUGUAAGUGGAUUCGUAUCUCGUUCUUUGUGACUGACUACCCAAAUGGAGUUUUUUUGUACAGUGAAAGUUCUCACCUUGAGAACUUAUUACCAUGAAAGGAAGUGGUUGGUAAAUCAGCAGAUUGCAGGAGGGAGUGCCUAACAGGUUUCUCAGUUAAUCUUAUGCUGAAUAGUUUUUCCUCAUAGCCAAGCAAUCAUGACAUAUUACUGCUUGCAAUAAGGAUAGUUUCUAGAAGAGGUAUUGAAUUCUCCUUUUUUCUGCCCAGUCAAGAAAAUCCUACUAAAAAUGAUGCCAAAUAAUUUGGCACAAAAUUGACAUAGCAGUUGUCAGGUAUGUUUAACUUUGCUAGGAGCUUGUAUACCUCGGGCCAGGUGAGCGCCCCAAAUUUCUUCUCAAAUUUAGACCAGUGAUUCUGUGCUGUCUGUUUUAAGUAUGUACCAUAGGACUGAAGGUGAUCUGAGUGAGUUUUAACAGUGCUAAAUGUAUUAAGUAUGAAACUUUAUGUAGAGCACUGUUGAAUCGUCCAUUACUCUCUAGGUAAAAAAAAUACCGUGAUCAUGGACUAAAUAAGCCUGCAGUUAACUCUGAUUUCAGUAACAAUUCAGAAGUAUGAGAAGUGUGCACCAAUCAAAAUUCUCCAGACUAUAGGAAGGCUCCUUAAUGAGGGAACCAGCCAAAAUGAUGGGCCAGUGGCUAGCUGCAGCAAACACAGAUGAGUGAAGUGGAGACUUAUGCUCUGUGACUCCCUACUAGUUAUUCGUUUGCUAAGCAUUACAGCUUAUUUUUGAGUGGCAUGACAGCAUCUUCCUAGUUGUAUGUGGCCUGUUCCCAUGAUGUAUUGAGUAGUGUUGUUUGUUGUCAACAGCAACACUUAUUAACACCAAGCUAAACACAUUUCUUUGGUUAUGUUUCCUCUCCUUAAAUGAUCUUGCCCUGUCUAAUAAACAGAUGAUUGUCUCACCCUG